UAACAUUAGCCUGCACCUUCUUCAAAGGUGCAGAUGUUCGAGUGACAUUGUCGAGUCAAUUACCGCGGAAAAUGGAUUCCGAGCUUUCGCUCGGAUGCGACUUCAAUUUCGAUUUUGUUCAAAAAGCUUCAGCUGAAAAUGUCCUGGAUAAGAUCACAGUGAAAUUCUACACAACGGAUGCCAAAGUCUUCACGCAAUCGUUCCCGUCCUUCUACAAUAUGGAGUUCAUUUGCAGAAACCUGGCCAAGCUCUUCAAUUGUCCUCCGGAUGUAAUCGGGCUGCUCUAUCGGGAAGAGCACAUACCUACAGAGACCAGGCUGGAUCAGUUCGAGCCAGACAAGUUUGGUAUCCUGGAGUUCAAGCUAAUCAGCACUGAUCGCGACUUCAAAAUUCCCAUUGAGAACGCCUACAAGAACCUAACAGUACCGGAUAUAAUUACAGUGCAAGUUGAAAAAGACAACGUCGUCAGUGAAAUUGUGGUGGAAAUUGAUAACAAAGCAAUCGAGAAGCCUUUCCUAGGUGGGUACCGGGAUGCCGAAACGGGCAUCCAGUACCAUCAUGGAUACACCCAAACUGGUCCCCCCAAGCCAAAAGUGCCCCCAGAAAUGAAAAACCACCGCGACACUCAAACUUACUACACCCGGAACAGGAGAACUGAAAGAGAGUAUGCCACAGCCACUCAGGUUUCAACCAAAGGCAUCUAUUUGCCCAGCGUGUGUGACAAAAUCCUUACAGCUGGACCGUAUGAAACUGCAGAAGAGCGCGAGAAGCGCCUGGAUGUAGAGGGCAAAGUCCGCACCAUCCAGAGAUACUUCAGGGCCUGGAAGAUAAAAAAGCGCCUCAAAGAGCUGAGCGCUGAAUUCCACAAACGAAUGCGUCUGGAACAGGAACGCGACGAGCAGGAGCGCAAAGACGACGAGGAAAGAAAGAAACACGACCUGGUCCGCAAAGUGUUUCCCAUGCGAUCCGAGGACUUUGCCAUGCUCUACAACAUGGUGGAUAGAUGGAAAAAGUCCGAGAUCGAUCGCAUCGUAUCCAUGUCAUGCGGAGCAGCCAAAAUCGCCGAGUUUUACCUGCUGCUGGAAAAGGAAAUCGAGAUUCUUCAAUCCAUCGAUCGACUUCGCAGCAAAGUGAAAAAAGAUCUGGAAGUCAAGAAAGUUAUCGACUUCUUCCAGGCGAUCGGUAACCCGAUUGAAUGGGACAGCGACUACAAGCACAUCCACAUCAGCAUGGACACUUUGGAGACGCAAAAAGGACGGGAAUACUUCGAUCUGUAUCAACGACUAUGCAACAAAUACCUUAAAAAGGACGAGAGGCUGGAGAUUUAUGCGAACAUCAAACAGUACCUGAAUACGCACAAUUGUUCAGAAAGCCAAGAAAUUGUGGCUUUAAUAGACAGAGUUUGCGAAUUGAUUGCCAGGGGAAUGUCCAGUAAUUACUUAACAGGGUUACAAAAACGCAUUGAAGCCCUAGUGCUGCACCAUUUCAAGUUGCAAGAUUGCAACGAGGGAGUAACUAACCAUGCGAUGAAGAUGAGAAAGGAGCACAUGACAAAGAACUUGAUUUAUUGCCCCAGCUGCCAGAAGCUGAAGCCCAUAGAAGCGUUCACCAUUCAUGCUAGAUUGGACAAACUGAAGACUUGCACUACUUGCAAGUGGCUGGACAAGGCCGAUGAACCAUGGGUCGAUCUGGCGCCUUAUAAGUUCACUUUGAGGCAGAUCAGAAACUACGAAAGGCUACAUCAAGGGAAAUCGUCUAUUGCUUUUAUUAUGCAGGAUAGAGAUGUGCAUUUUCUGGUCACCUACAUAUGGCAUGGGCAUUCAGCGUUGUCGGAGUGCAACGACGUGUACCAACUUCGCCUUGUCAGGUGGCAGCAGAGCGCUGAAUGGGCUCCAUGGAAUUGUAUUCUACUAACGGUGGAAGAAGCCAAAGAGCAUCUGAGGGUGCAAAGCCUAGAAGACGUGUACGAAAAGGAAUUCCUUGAUCACAUUUUCAACAAACACGCUCUGGCCAAGAAGCAGUUUAAACACUUGGCAAGUUACGACCGGCAUUUUACCGAAUUUGCCAAAGGCGAUCCGAAGCUGGAUGAGAAUUCGGACUAUUACAACAAGCCCAACAAGCAUGAAUGUGAUAUAGAAAUCCCCAGCAAUGAAGCCAGUGAACACAAUGAAGAAACCGAUCAGUCGAGAGAUUCACAGAUGAUUGAUGAGCAAAUUGACAUAGUCGAUGAAAAAAUUCGACAACGAAUUUAUGAGCAAGAUGAUGAUGAGGAUGAAGAUUAUGAGUGAAAUUUUUAAUUAAGGGGAUACUUCUUUAAUAAAUGAGUGUUUACAAUACUUAAUUAAAAUUACACAACUUAAAUCAUCCGAAGGAGGUAUGAAAUUAUAAUAAUUUAACCCCCAUUGGUUCAGACAGUAAACGAAUUUAUUCUGUUUCUCUAGAAUGUACACUUUCGUCUAUAGCUGUUUAAAUAGUGUCGUAAUGCUGAAGAAAUAAAAUUUCUUCUUGGGGCAGUGCGUGUAAAUGAUAAAAUGUAUUAUUUGGCUUGAAUUAUACCACAGACAAACUUUCUUUACAAG